GCAAAGCGAGCAAAGGGGGCGGGCAGAAGGCGAAGCGCGCAGAAGGACGGAAGACGAAACCAGGGCGACCGGCCACAGGAGGGGGCAGAACGGGAGGAACCGAGCCGCAAGGCGGGGGGAACCAGGCACGGAGGAGAGAGGGGGCAAAAAGAGCGGCAGAGCGGGACCGAAACGCGGGCGAAGGAAAGGAACGGCGAGGCAGGAACACACAGGGGGGGAAAAGAAGACGGGCGGAGAACGCAGGGGAAGCGGACACACAGAGGAACGGGAAGGGCGGGCGGAGGAGGAGCGGGGAAGCAACAGAAAAGGAAAGGCAGGGAGCGGGGGGGCGGAAGGCGGAGCGAGAAGCGGACACAGACGACAGAGAGGAGGAAACCGGAGCGCGGCGAACCAAGAACGGCAAGAAAAGCGGAAAAGGGGCAACAGAAAGGGCAAGGGCAGGCGACCAGGACACAAGACAAAGGCAACAACGCCGCAGAGCAAAAGGCGGAAACAAGCACCGGGCGCACAGAACAAGCAAGCGCAGACGGGGCGAACAAGACAAAACAGAAACAGGGCCACAGACACAGGGAAAGCCCGCAACCGGGCAGGGCAGGGGAGGAAGGGGAAGGAGAGGGCACAGACAGGCGGAAGGGGCAACGGAGCGCAAGAGGAAAAAGGCGAGGGCGGGAGCGACGCGAAGGGAGGAGGAGGAGGAAACGGCAAAGGAGCAGGCAGAGGAGAAGGGAGGAAACGGGGGAGCGGCGGGACGGCGACAGACAGGCAGGCAGACGGAGAGCAAGCAGAGGAAGAAGCAGACAGAGCAACGGAGGAGGGGGAAGAGAGACAGACGCAACGGGAAAGCAGAAGGGGCAAAACGGGGGCGAGCGGGGAACAACGGGGGAAAGGAAGAAGAAGCGGAAGGACGAGCGGAAGCAAAGAGAGGAGCGGCGAAAGAAACGGAAGACAGACGGGGCAGAAAAGAAGAGCGCAGCACGCAGAGAAGAGCCAGAGAAGGAAAACGGAAGCAAGGAAGGGGAGAGGCGGAAGAAAAAGAGCCAGAGGAGGGACACCACAGCGACCGGAGAGAAGAGGCGAGACGCGGGCAGAAAGCCGAAGGAGAAAAAGGGGCGGGGAGGGGAACGAGGAGAAGCGGCGAAGAACGCACCGAAGGGCAGCAAAGAGGGGAGGGCGAAGACCACAGCAGAGCACAGGGAGGAACAAGGACAGGCAGCGCAGGCAGGGCAGAACAAGGAAAGAGAAGGAGACGAGGACAGACGGCAGAGACGGACCGGGCCAAAGGAACGCAGCAAGCGCAGGAGGCAAGGGGCAAAAAGAAGAGGGGCAAAGGGAAAGAGGACACGCCCAGGGGCACGACGGGCAAACAAAAGGGCAGACGCGGCCGGAAGGGGAGGGGGCGACAGAGAGCAAAGGAAGGAAAAAGAGCAGAAGAAGACGAGGACACCAGGCACGAGACAGGGGGGGGCAGAAAGGCAGAAGGGAGCGGCGACCCCACCAGAGGGCGGACGGCAGCGACAACGGAAGCGAGAGGGGAGGGCGACAGGGGGGGGCCAGACAGAGGACAGGAAAAGGAAAGGGGCGGAGGGCGGGGCAACCGAGCAGGGGAGCGGGAACAGAGGGAGAGGGACAAAAAGGGAAAAGAGGGGGGAAAGGGAGCCGAAAGGGACCAGGGGGACCGCAAGGAGAAGAAGGCGGCGAGGCAGGGGGGGAAAGCGAAGCGGAGGAGCAGCAGGCAGGGGGGGAGCAAAAGGGGAAGGGGGCGGCGAGCGGAACGGCCGGCAGAGGGAGGGACAAAGCAAAGCAACGGGGCAGGGAAGGAACGCGGGCCGCAGACAACGGGGAGGGGGGGACAAAGGAAACGGCGGGGCACCGAGCCAAAGCGGAGGAAGCAAAACGCGGGCAGAGACGACGGGGGCACAGAAACGGCAGAGAGAGGGAGAAGCGGAGAAAACGGGAAGCAGGGAAAGGGGGACCGAAGAGCAGAAGAGAGCCGAGAAAAAGGGGGGGCGCAGGGGCGAGGGGGAAACAAAGCAGAACGCCACACAAAGCAGGAAGAGGGAGCACCACGGAGAAGGGCGAGAGCGGGGCACAGAGACCGCAGGGGGCCAACACAGACGGAAAGCAGGGGGGGAAAGAAAGACAGAGGGGGGGGGGAGAGGAGGGCGCGCGAGACAGCGGGGGAGACGGGCGGAGAGAAAAAGACAGAAGCGGCAAGGCCGGGAAGAACGCGGGGCAGAAGAGGGCAGAAGGAAAAGAAGGAGGCGAGAAGAAAAGGGCAGAGAGGGAGGAGGGAGCAGGGAAAGGAAGGGGAGAACGCACGAGAGGCAGAGGCGGCGCCGAGCAGGGGAGAGCACAGGAGGGCGCAGCGCCGAGAACGGCGCAACAGAAGGGAGGGGGGGAAAGAAAGAAGCGAACGGGACAAGGAAAGGGCGAGAGGGAGGCGACAGGCCGCACAGCGGCCGACAAGCGCGGCGGGGCGGAAGCAGGACACACAGCGGGCAGACGAGAAAGAGGGGCGAGCGGAGACCAGGAACGACCAAAACACCAGAGGAGAGCGGGAAGGGAAAGAAGCCAAAGCGGAAAGGAGGGCAGGGGGGGGGACAAAGGGGAGGGGCGGGCGGAGAGAGAACAAAGAGGGAAGGGCGAACCAAAGAGGGAGGAGAGCAGCGGCCGGGGAGACGCGCCAAACAGGCGGGCCGACAGAGGCGACAACAAGAGGACGCAAGCGGGGAGGGAGGCAGGAAAGGGGGGAGAGAGGACAAGCCAGAAGAAGCAGGAGACACAACAGGGACAGAGCAGGACAAGGCCGCGCAGGGAGCAGAGGCCAGGAAGAACAACAGGCAGCGCCAAACCACAAGAAGCGGCAGAGGAAGAGCAAGAAAGGGCGGAACAAGAGACAAGCGCAGGAAGGAGACAGGGAAAGACAAACCCACCAGAACGCAGAAAAACCAGCCAGCAGAGAACAGGAGGGGAGAGCGG